UGCAUUGUCCCUUCUCAGCCCAAGGGUCACCGAGCUGCCACCACCCAGCGCCGGCACAUGGGCCACCAGCGUCCCCCCGCCCGCCGCGGAUGACGGCAGCGUCCUGCAGCAGCUGUGCCACCCACGAGAGCUGUGCCACCCACGAGAGCUGUGCCACCUGCAGCAGCUGUGCCACCCACGAGAGCCACGCCCAGCCUGUCUUCAUGAGGGACAGCCCUGGAGCCCAGAGGGACACACGGUGCUCAGGAUGCUGAGUCUGGCCCAGUGCUGAGCGCAGCGAGCUGAGAGCUGCAGGGAGGUCUGCGAGGGCUCUGCCACACCGUCCCUGAGCCAUGGUCUAGGAAGCACCGGGACCAUGAAGGGCUUAGGAGACAACAGAAGCCGCCAUCUCUCCGAAAACCUGGACUCCCCUCAAGACUCUCUUUAUGCCCCCCAGGACAGGAACCCUUAUCUCCUCAGCCCCACCGACUCCUUCACCAUGGAUCCCCGAUUCCCGGCCCAGAACACCGUCCACGGCGACUGUCUCCUGCCGCUCAACAACCAGAUCUCCAACAGCAGCACCUUCCCCCGCAUCCAUUACAACUCCCACUUCGAGGUCCCGGAUGAAAACCCUUUUCCGAGCCAUGCCCAAGCCACAAAGAUCAACCGCCUGCCUGCCAACCUCCUCGACCAGUUUGAGAAGCAGCUGCCCAUCCACAGGGACGGCUUCAGCACGCUGCAGUUCCAGCGCAGCGACGCCAAGCACCGCAGCGAGAGCCCGGGCCGCAUCCGGCACCUGGUGCACUCCGUGCAGAAGCUCUUCGCCAAGUCCCAGUCCCUGGAGGGCCCCGCCAAGGGCAACGUGAACGGGAAGAAGGGGGCAGAUGACAACAAACAAAACCGGAGGAGCAAGAGCAAGGACCGGGCCAAGACCUCCGAGCCCAAGCGCAGGACCAGGUCCAACAUCUCGGGCUGGUGGAGCUCUGAUGACAACCUGGACAGCGACACCUGCAGCUACCGCAACCCCAUGGGGCUGAUGACGCUGGGCCGGCAGCCCGACCACAGCCAGCCAAAGUACUUCAUGCACGCCUACAACACCAUCAGCGAGCACAUGCUGAAAUCCUCCAAGAGCAAUAACGACCUUAAGGUCACCCCUUGCACCAAUAUCCCCAUCAACAACGACUCCAACUACAUCAAGCGGGGCUCCUGGUCCACGCUGACACUCAGCCAUGCCCGGGAGGUGUGCCAGAAGGCCUCCGCCACCAUCGACAAAGCCUUGCUCAAAUCCAAGUCCUGCCACCAGGACCUGGCCUACCACUACCUGCAGGACGCACCGGCAUGCCCGGCCAGCCCUGCCCUGCCCAGCUUCCCCGGAGCACUGGUGCCCCACGGGGAGUGGAACAGCACGCUGUCCCGGGACAAGGACAGCGAGAUCCCGUGCCGGCGCAUGCGCAGCGGGAGCUACAUCAAAGCCAUGGGGGAUGAUGACAGCGAGGACUCAGAAACCAGCCCCAAACCAUCCCCGAAAACUGCAGCUCGGAGGCAGAGUUACCUCAAGGCCACACAACAGUCCCUGAGUGAGCAGAGCACCACACAAAGGAGCCUGGACCGCCUGGACUCUGUCGAGAUCCUCCUACCUCCGAAGUUCCCCACCUGGGAGGAAGAAUACAACCAGAUCUCUGACAGUGCCAACGAGUCCAGCUGCAUCAACCAGAUCUUUGGACCCCCCUCACUUAUCCCUCAGAUAUUUACCCAUGGAGAGCAGGCACCCGAGCCGGAGCUGGGGGAGCAGUACGAGCCCGUCUGCGACUCCACCUACAGCGAGGCCGAGUCGGCGGCCGCGGAGGUGCUGGACCUGCCCCUGCCCAGCUAUUUCCGAUCCCGGAGCCACAGCUACCUCCGCGCCAUCCAGGCGGGCUGCUCCCAGGAGGACGACACGGGCUCCGUGCGCUCCAUCUCCCCGCCGCCCACGGGCAGCCUCAGCGGCAGCAGGACCCUGCCCACCAACAGCAGUUCAUCAUGCCUAGUGGCAUAUAAAAAGACUCCACCUCCCGUCCCACCUCGGACCACGUCCAAGCCCUUCAUCUCUGUCACUGUGCAGAGCAGCACUGAGUCAGCCCAGGACACCUACCUGGACAGCCAGGACCACAAGAGUGAGGUCACCAGCCAGUCGGGGCUCAGCAAUUCCUCAGACAGCUUGGACAGCACCAGGACACCCAGCGUCACCAGGGGCAGCGUCGUGACUGCAGCCAGAGACACUCCAGAGUUACCUCAGAAAAAUGCAACUUUGAAAAGUGACAAAGGGACUCUGACUAACGAAGAGCCUAAAGUGGAGAAUAUCCCCAAAAGAAAGCUAUCAUCUAUAGGAAUACAAGUUGACUGCCUUCAGCCAGUGGCAAAAGAGGAGCCUCCUCCACCAGCCACCAAAUUCCAGUCCAUCGGGGUACAGGUAGAGGACGAGUGGCGGAACAGCCACUCUCGCAGCAUGUCCUCCAAACAGGACACAGACUCUGACACGCAGGAGCCCAAUAACUCCAGCUGUAAAUCAUCUGAGAGAAGCCUCGCUGAGUGCCCCCAGCACAACAACUCCGUUGGUGUUGAUGCCUCCACCAGGCAACCAGCCAAGCCCUCACAGAUUAAGAGAAACCUCUCCUAUGGAGAAAACAACGACCCGGCCCUGGAGCCUUCCUCUCUCCCUCCUCCUGACCCCUGGCUCGAGAGCUCCUCCACGUCGCCGUCGGAGCCGGCGCAGGCGGGGCCCUGCCGGCGGGACGGCUUCUGGUUCCUGAAGCUGCUGCAGGCAGAGACCGAGCGCCUGGAGGGCUGGUGCCGCCAGAUGGACCAGGAGACCAAAGAGAACAAUCUCUCUGAGGAAGUCUUAGGAAAAGUCCUGAGUGCAGUGGGCAGUGCACAGUUACUAAUGUCACAGAAGUUCCAGCAAUUCCACGGCCUCUGUGAGCAAAACUUGAACCCUAAUGCCAAUCCCAGACCCACAGCCCAGGACUUGGCUGGAUUUUGGGAUCUCCUCCAGCUGUCCAUUGAAGACAUCAGCAUGAAGUUUGAUGAGCUGUACCACCUCAAAGCUAAUAGCUGGCAAUUGGCAGAGACACCGGAGAGAAAGUACGUCCCCGAGGCCCAGACCCGCCUCUGAGCCCAGCCACGGCCAGCCCGCGGCUUUUAUAAGUCAUUAAAUGGGAAAAAAAGGUUCUCUUGAAACUAGUGUGAUUUAUUCAGUCUAGAGACAAUGAGCCAUCCUUGAAAAGGGCUCCUGAGUUGGCUUUUUUCUCUCUCAGCUUUAAGUAAUGAAGAUUUUAACAAAAAAAAAAUACAAACAAAAAAAAAAAAAUUAAAAAAAAAGAAAAAAUGCCCCUCGUUUUCUCCCCAGCUGUGGUGUUGCUGAAUGGACUGGACAGACUCCUGGGAACUCCAGCCCCUCGACUUGGAACUUCAGUCUUUUUACUUGUUCUAUCUCAUGAGAAUUAUUAGCUUGUUUACAAGAAGAGGACAAGAAAACACGAAGCCUCGAGCACUUGCCGUGCUGUGUUCUUCCUCCUCCUCAGAUCUGUUCUGCCCUUCUCAUCCUUUAUUUUUCCCUCCUCCUUCUCCCGUUCCCCACCCUUUGCAUGGUUUCGGUUCCCAUGUCCGGACCCCCCUGUCCCCGCAGAAAGCACCUGUGGUGUGUGAUCCCUGCUGCCCUCUCCAGCCAGCUGGGCUUUGUGUUCCUGGGAUGGGGUGCUGGGCUGGGGGAGGACGGGCACAGGGGGCCCCAUCUUCAGCUUGUUGGAGGGAGAGGACGCCGGGGCUGUGGAAUGUGGGGUUGAAAUGCAGCCCAGAGCAAAAUGUGCAAUAAACCUGGCGCAGGGGACCCCGAGGGCCGGAACCCGCUCCGGAGCGGAGCUGAAGGAGCACAGAGCACGAGCACAGCACUAUGGUUUCCCUCCUCUUCCCCUUCCCACACCGUUGUCCUUGGCUGGCUGGUGGAGAGAGGAGCUGCUGCAGCGGGGGCUGUGGGGUCAGCGUGUCCAGGAGGAGACAGGAGGGUGUACAUAUGCACAUAUACACUUAGUAGUACCUGUAUAGUAAUUCCUACACACGGAUCCUGCCCACGCCACCGCGGGGGUGGGCAGAUGUAUAGCAUAUAUUUUUACAUGUACUAUAUCUAGAUGUGUGUCCAAGUGUGUGUAAAAAUAUAUACCCUGUGUGUAAGCAGAUGACUAUUUUUUCCUUAUCUCCCUGCUCUCUGGGUAGAGGAAGGAUUGCUAAAUAUUUUUUAGCCCAUUUUUUCUUCCCCUUUGUAGGUCUCCUUUCCGGUCUGGCUCCUCGGAGCCAGAGCUGCCACCCCCUGAUUCUUUGCCACCCUCUCACACAGAAGGUUUUUGUCCCAUCCUGAGGGAUCUUGCUGGGGAUUUUUUUUUUUUCCUCUUCACACGUUUGAACAAGUUGGGAGAUUGUGUGCUACUGUCAUGGGGGUGGAGGUGGAAUCCCAGUGGUUUCAGUGAGAGUGUUGGUGAUCCAGAAGGCAAAAAAUAAAUAAAAGUGAAAUCCUGAACGAU